AUGGUCGCCUCGCCAAUCAACGGGAACAGUGGGAAUCCCCUGAAACCCACCGACGCAGCGGAUCUGGAGGCACAACGAAGUGAUACACCGUCCGCAAUGAUCGAAGAAUCGGUUGCAUCAGAGACCGUCGAAGAUCCCGGCUUACAGGAUAACAGCAAUGUGCCACGACUUCCUCUCUGGAAGUUGUUCUGGUUCUUUUUCUACAAUUUUGGUUUAUUCGCGUGGGGCGGACCUGUGGCUCAGAUAGCCUUGAUUAAAGACCGACUGGUCCUUCAGGAUAAGUGGAUUACUCUGGCUCGGUUCCAGCGCGUCUUCUCGGUCUAUCAGAUACUACCGGGACCAGAGGCUGCAGAACUCUGUAUGUUCUUCGGCUGCCUAUCUGCUGGUCGCAUCGGUGGUGUGGUUGCCGGACUUGCGUUCAUCCUCCCAGGCUUUCUGUUGAUGCUCCUUGCGUCAUACUUGUAUUCUCUGGCCGGCUUGGAGAAUGCUUACUUCAAUGCUUCUUUCAGGGCUGUCCAGCCGAUAGUGGCAGCCAUGGUAUGCCUCCCCCAUUUUUUUCCCUGGCACGUGAGCCUGACAAAACAUGGCCAGAUUCUACGAGCGACACACAAGAUUGCAGACCACUCUGUAGUAGACCACAUCACACACAAGAUAAACCCUUAUUUGAUCAUCGCUGCACUCUGCACAGCCCUCAACAGUGCGCUUCGGAUCAAUAUAUUCAUCUCUCUCGGACUUUACGGGGUCAUAUACUCACUCAUUGCACGCCAUCACCGGAUCAUUGCUGGCGUCUUGUUCAUACUCCAGUAUGUCGCGUAUGCAAUCUAUGUGGUCUUCCGGGGAGUCCCAUCUCCAGUUUCCCUUGCCCUUGGUAUUGCUGAGACUCCCGACCUUCCGAAUCUUCUUGCGUUGGGAUUUGUGGCGGGAAGUUUGUCCUUUGGCGGUGCAUAUACUGCCAUCCCAUUCAUCCAAGUCGAGGCAGUUUUAAAAGGAGGCUGGCUACCGGCACAUAUUUUCCUUGAUUGUAUCGCAAUUGGAAAUAUCCUACCAGCGCCUCUCGUUAUCUUUGCGACCUUCGUUGGCUUCCAGGGCGGCCUGGUCAUCGGUGGCAUUGGAACAGCUUUUGCGGGUGCGAUAGUCAUCACGAUCGGGAUGUUCACUCCAUGCUUCAUUUUUACAAUUGCCGGGCACGACGUGUUGGAAAAACUGGUUCGCAACAAACUCCUCUCUGACUUCUUCGAUGGGCUCUGUGGUGCCGUCAUUGGUGUGAUUGCCAUUAUUGCAGUACAGACCCUGAGGUCGAGCGUGCAAGGAACGGAAAACCUCGCAGAUUUUGACAGUUCCACUGCUAUUAUGAUGGUCUCGAAGGGUGCUGCCGCGGCCGUGUUGUACACCGUUGCUCUGGCGGCGCUCUAUAAGUUCACCAGUAAAUACAGCCCAAUCAUCCUCGUCAUGAUCGGAGCAACUGCAGGUCAAUUCCUAUUUGUCUGA